AUGGCUAAAAAAAACUAUAAAAAUAAAAAGAAUGAAGUUCUAAAGGAAUCUGAUGCGUUACCUUUAUUGGAAUUCAAAUUCGAUGAACCAUUAUUUCAAAUGGCUUCUCAUCCAGAAGAACCAAUUAUAGCUACAGGUUUAUCCAAUGGUUACAUAUACUGUUACAGAUAUAAUCCUCAAGGAUUAAUGAAAUAUUUGAAGGAACAGAAGAAAGCUUUUAAAUUGACAGAUGAAAAGACUGGUGAAAAAAAUGAAGUCUUUUGGAAAAUGGUUAAUGUACCACAGGAUAAAGGCACUGGACAAACAAAUGAUGGUGAUGACGACAAUACAGUUACUCUUAUGUGGAAAACUAGACGUCACAAAGGUAGUGUCAGAUGUAUUGCAAUGGAUCCCAAGGGGAAAUUUAUUUAUUCUAUUGGUACUGAUAAUAUUUUGAAAAAAGCUGACGUUAUGUCUGGUAAAGUUAUACAAAAGACUAAUAUUCAAAAUGAUAAUCAUAAGUUUAGUAAAAUGACGGUAUCUUCAACACAUCCAAUUCUUUUGUUAGGUGAUGAAGUAGGUAAUGUUUUUACAAUAGACACAAAAACAUUCAAAUUACUUAAUGUAAUUAAAGGAAUUCAUGGAGGUGAUUCUAUUAAUGAUAUUUUCCAUUUUGCUAAGAGAUCUGUAUAUAAAUUUAUUUCAGCAGGUGAAACAACUUUAGCAUAUUGGGAUUGUAGAAGUAGUAAUGAAAACGAUUCUACAGAGACAGAUGAAUUGAAAAGAACAGUGGUUUACAGUGAUGACCAAGAAGAUGAAAUUUUAUGUGGGACUUUUCUUGAUCCUGAAGAAGGUGAAACUGUUGUUUGUGGUAUGGGUGAAGGGGUAGUCACAAUAUGGAAACCAGAAAAGAAUGAUUUGGAAGAUCAAAUGUCAAGAAUUAAAAUCACUAAGGAUGAAAGUGUCGAAUGUAUCGUCCCAACAUUACAGGAUGACAAUUGUGUAUGGUGUGGUUGUUCUAAUGGUAAAUUAUAUAAAGUUGAUAUCAAGGGUAGUAGAAUAUCAGAGAUUAGAACUCAUAAUUCAGUCGAUGAAGUUCAAUUUUUGGAUAUAGAUUAUGAUUAUAGAUUAGUAUCAGGUGGUAUGGACAACAUCAAAAUUUGGGAAUCUCAGAAUAGAGAAGAAAAUGAUUUCGAUCCUGAACCAAGUGAAAAUGAAUCUAACUCAGAAUCCAAUUCGGAUCCAGAUUCUGACUUGGAAGAUAGUUCUGAUGAUGAGGGCGAACUAUCUGGUCUAUCUAGAGAAGAACUUAUAGCAGAACUUGAUAAAGAUUUGGUAGGUGAAGAUAAUAGCGACAGUGAAGAAACGCCAGAUGUAAAUAGGGACGAUUCUGGCUCAAAGUCACAAAAAAGAAAAUCAAAAUCUUUGAACAGCAAACAAAACAAAAAGAUAAAACAAGAAAAGAGGACAUACAACGACUCUCAUGGUAUAACUAAAUUUGAAGAUUUAUGA